CACCACUCAAACACGCCUGACACAUCGACUUAUCACCCACCACCACCGUACCGUCAGGCAAAACGGGCUCAAGUCUCAUCGCCGCUGCCACGUCUUCACCGCUCCCCGCAGCUCGCCCGUGCCAGACCCAGCAGUACGUCGAGUGAGUUCCCGGCGCGUCAAGGAAGCCCCCAAUCCAGCCAGGCCAGAGAGGCGAGGCUGCAGCCCUGCCCCCCCAGCCUGCCUGCCCCCAACCCCCCCCCCCCCCCACCUCGCCUCGUCAUGGAGCAGACCAAGGCCCUCAACGCCCUCGAGCCGUUCCUCGCCCUCUCCAAGUCGGCCACCUCCCCCCGCGCCGCCGCCGACCUCGUCACGCGGGCAACCUCGGCGCCAAACACCUUCGUCUUCGCCGAGCUUCUCCAGACGCCCCAGAUCCAAGCCCUGUCCAGCUCCCCCGAGUACGCAUCGCACCUAGCCCUCCUCCAGACCUUCUCCCACGGCACGUAUCAGUCGUACCGCGCCGAGUCCACCAACCUCCCGCCCCUCAACGAUGCCCAGAGCCAUAAGCUGCGGCAGCUGUCCCUCCUGACCCUUGCGCGCGACCGGUCGAAUCUCACCUACCGUGCGCUACAGGAUGCCCUGGGCUUGUCAUCGGCCCGCGAGCUCGAAGACCUGGUCGUCAAGGCCGUGUAUGAUGGCCUCCUCCACGCCACGCUUGACCCCGUACGCCAGGCCGUCGAGGUGACGAGCAUAGCUCCCCUGCGGGACCUGCAACCCGGUGCCAUCCCUGGCAUGGUUGUCGCCCUCAACACGUGGUCCGGCCGUUGCACUGCUACCCUUGAUGACAUCGACGCUCGGAUCAGUGCCAUUCGCGCCAAUGCCCUCACCCGCGCCAAGGAGAAGCGUGCCGCCGACGACAAGAUGCAGCGGCUCCUCAACGACCUCGAAAAGAAGAGCGAUCAUCACGGGCGUGACGGUCUGCCCAGAAGAGCGUUGAACAAGCGGUCCAUGCUUGAGACGGGCAACCUGGAGGGCGACGAGACAAUGGAGCUCGACGAGCCCGUGGGAGAAGAGCAAAAGAAGCGGGUCAGUAAACGCAAGAUCUGAAAUGGAGGAUACGGCUUCGCGGUAACGACGCCUGGAAGCCAUGGCGCUCACGGAUAGACGUCUGAGGGCCAGACAGCAUGACUGAUAUCACGAUGCAGACGAAAUUUUUAGACACAGAAAUGACCAUUCACGUGGUGUAAUAGUCACUACACUACUCUUCUAUGCUUGCCCCUCGCGUAUCAAUCAAAGAGAACUUUGGGGAAUUUGUUGAGAAAGGUCAACCCUGGACUCCGAGACAGACACGCAGAUAUCCGUCGAAUGCGAAUUACACAGCCUCAUGCUGCAAGCCAAUUAGUACCAAAGAAAAUGCUCAAAGACGGAACAGCCAGACGCCCGUCGCCUGGCAUUUGGUGCAUAGGGG